GAGAAGAAGGCCAGCUAGGCUGUUAGGUAGCUGCCACCAUGAGUUUAGGCAUCAUGGAAGAAGAGGACCUGGCGGAAUACUUCCGGCUGCAGUAUGGAGAGCGGCUGCUUCAAUUGCUGCAGAAGUUUCCAAAUGUUGAGGAGCAGUCGGACUCUCCAUCCAUCCGGCUCCUAGAGAAGAAGAAAGAAGCCAAGAUCAUGCACCAGGCCAUGGAACACAAGAAGCAGACAUUCCAGCGAAGAAUGGAAACGCUGAACCUACGCUGGGAGGAACUAGGCAUCAAAGAGGAGCAGUUGAAAGCCCAUAUCCAGAAGUUUGAGCAAUUCAUCCAGGAGAAUGACCAGAAACGGAUUCGAGCCCUGAAAAAAGCCAACAAAGAGCGGGAACUGAAAAGGCAGCGCCUGAGGGAGCUGGCCAAGGCCAAGCAGGAGAUGGCCGCCCUGAAGCUGGAGCACCAGAGGCUGAGUGUCAAGCUGCAGGACUACGCCAUCUUCAACAAGUACCUGGAGAAGGUGGUAGAGAACUCGGAGUUUGAAGAGAUCCACGAGGUGAUUGCCCGUUACAAGACGCUGGUGAGCAUGCAUCAUGACCUCAUGCAGUCGGCACAAGAAGGGCAGGAGAAGAUUGAACGCGCCAAGGCAAGGCUGGCCCGCUACAUGGAGGAGAAGGACGAUGAGAUCCUCCAGCACAACAAUGAGCUGGCAAGACUGCAGAUGCGCUUCGACCGGGCCCGCAGUGACGUCAUCUUCUGGGAAUCUCGCUGGGCACACAUCCAGAACACAGCGGCCAAGAAGACCCUCCUGCUUGGCACCAUUAAGAUGGCGACACUGAACCUCUUCCAGAUAGUGAGCAAGCAGUUGAAGGAGACCACGCAGGUGUCCCUGGAGGACACACAUAAACAACUGGACAUGAUCCAGCAGUUUAUACAAGACUUGUCAGACAUCUGGACAGAAGUAAAGAGGAAGGAACAGCAGCAAGUCCGGGUGUAAGGAAGCAAUGUGUUUCUAGAAUGUUCUGAGACAUCAAGAAAAAAGAGAAAGAGAAAACAUUUCUACUGAGCUUGUAGUCCAUCCCCCAUGGCCCAGCUGUUGAA